AUGUUCCCUUGUGGAAUACCUUUUCUUUUCCUUCUCGCUGUGACACUUGUCGCCAAAGUCGCUUCGGCAUGGAAUGUCACCGUGACAUUCUACAAGAACGCCGAAUUCAAGGGGGCGUCCUACGCAUGGACCAUCACAGAGACGCAGCUGUGCUACAACCUCGCCUGCUUCGACAACCAGGCUUCGUCCGUCAAGUGGGAAGGCAUUCCGGCGCUUGGGGAAUUCAAGGGCAAGUCGCUCAUCGCCUUCUUCACAGGCCACGGCUGCAAGAAAGACAGCCGCGACUGGCCGACCGAUGGGGUCAUCAACGGGAUCAAGGACAACUACCCCAUGAAUUUCGGGCUUGAUGGCAUCGACGACGCCGUCUCAUCGUUGUUAUCCGGGAGGACAACCAGAAACUCACGAACGGCAAGGAGACGCCUUGUCCGUGGGGCACGGACCAAAAUCUACUCACUGGUUAGGUAA